UUGAGCCGUUGGCCACAACUAUCACACACACUCCCACCGCUCUCUGUGUGAGUUUGCACUUUGCAGCCAUGUUGAGCUGCUCAGCCGUUCCCACUUUCUCUCUAACCUCCAAUCUCCCUCCUUCCCCAAAGCCCUCCCUCUCUCCCUCUCUCCAUUCUUCUCUUCAUUUUUCAUCUAUUUCUCUCCCGCUACAGUUUACAUCUCAUCACGCUCACGCGUGCGGCCAUGCCUCCAUCAAGGCCAAACCUCUGCGAAAGACUCUCAAAAUUGUAAGCUCGGCGACUGAGCCACUGAGAGUGAUGAUAUCAGGUGCCCCGGCUUCAGGGAAGGGGACACAGUGUGAGAUGAUUGCUCAAAAGUUUGGAGUAGUACACAUUUCAACUGGAGAUAUUCUGCGAGCUGAAGUAUCAGCAGGUACAGAAAUUGGAAACAAGGCAAAGGAGUACAUGAAUUCUGGUCGGUUAGUCCCAGAUGAAAUCGUCACAGCUAUGGUGACAACCCGACUAUCUCUGAAAGAUGUGAAGGAGAAAGGAUGGCUUUUAGAUGGAUACCCACGAAGUUCUGCCCAAGCAGAGAGUUUGGAGAAACGGAGUAUUAGGCCUGAUAUAUAUGUCAUGCUUGAGGUGCCUGAUGAUGUUCUAAUUGACCGAUGUAUUGGGAGAAGGUUAGAUCCUUUGACAGGAAAAAUCUAUCAUGUGAAAAACUUCCCACCAGAAAAUGAAGAAAUUAAAGACAGGCUUGUUACUCGUCCUGAUGACACAGAGGAAAAGGUGAAGUCACGUUUAGAAAUAUAUAAGAGAAAUGUUGAAUCAAUCUUAUCGACCUACUCAGACGUAAUGGUUAAGAUCAAUGGAAACCGUGCAAAAGAAGAAGUUUUUGAAGAGAUUGAUUCUUUGUUGUUAAGAUUGCAAAAAGAUAAAGAAGAAAAAUCAAAAUCAGGUGAACUUGUAAGAAAUGAGAACCAAUUGGAUUCGUUAUCUUUGGACAAGAAUAAAUGGAGAGGAAUACCGACGAAACUAAAUAACAUUCCUCACUCUAGAGAAAUCAGGGAAUACUUCUAUGAGGAUGUGUUGCAAGCAACAAAACGAGCAAUAGAAGAUGGGAAAACUCGAUUGAAGGUGGAAAUCAGUAUCCCAGAGUUAAAUCCAGAAAUGGAUGUAUAUCGCAUAGGUACUCUAAUGGAGCUGGUCCGUAUUCUUGCUCUUUCCUUUGCGGAUGAUGGAAAGCGCGUCAAGGUCUGUGUGCAAGGGUCUAUGGGAGAAGGAGCAUUAGCUGGAAUGCCACUGCAACUUGCUGGAACUCGGAAGAUUUUGGAGUUCAUGGAUUGGGGUGACGGUGGUGUUAUGGGUACCUUCGUCAAUAUCGGUUCCAUAGGUGCUAAAGAGGUUGAGGAGCAAGAUGGCAUAUAUAUCUUAGUGGCUCCACAAAAUGCAGUAGGGAACUGUAUUAUUGGUGAUCUAAAAGCUAUGACUGAUGCCGCCGCUCAUCGUCCAGUCAUCCUUGUCAAUCCUAAGCUCAGGGACGUACCAGGUUCAAGUGGUAUCAUGCAAACUAUGGGCCGGGAGGAAAGAUUAGCAUAUGCUGCUUCAUUUGAGAUAUGCUACUUCUUCCGGUUACUAUACUAUUAUGGAACCCAAUAUCCGAUCAUGGGUGCCCUCAGGAUGUCUUACCCAUACGAAUACCAGUUGUACAAGAGGGUCGAUGAAUCUCCCAAGAAGGAGAAAUACGAACUCUUGUCGACAUUCGAGAAAAGGCCAAGUGGCGAAGAGAUUAAUGAUUCUUUUGAAGGAAAAGUCAGAAAUAAGGCCAAAGAAUCGAAAGGAAUAUGGGGCUUCUUGAGCAGCAUAUUUUAAGUGGAACGACAGAAGGCGCCUACUAAUGCUGUUUUUCUGCAUAUGGGAGAUGAUACAUUUGAAGAUUAGAAUCAUGCUUGUCUACGAGCAAUCCACGUGCUGUUCUUACAAAUCAUCAUCGUUUUCGAAGAUUAAGGAACCGCUUCCUAUUAGGUGAAAGAUGUGAUGGCAUAAAUGCUGUUUGAAUGAUGCAAUGUCUGCUUGCUUACUUAUUUUACUUUUUUUUAUGUGAAUAUGUAUAUAGAAGUGUUGGAGUUGGACUAUGUUUUAGAAUUUUGGGACAUGGUAAGGUGAAACUCAGAGCUGUCUUAGUUGUUGAAGAACUCCUAAAUGAGAUUUUUAUGGUUGCUUUCUCA